UCUCUUUAGUCGUCAGUCAGGGUGCUGCCAAAGCCACCCAGCAUGCUCUCUCCUCUCUCGACCUCAGGGCAGUUGUAGUCGGUAGUGAUAGUGCACUGACCAAGAUCCGCAACGCAUCAACGGCAGCUCAUGAUGCUGUCUCCUGAAUCUUGAGCUCCGGGAUGUUGCUGCACAAGAUCGACUGACUCACGCUCUGCCUCAGCUCACGUAACGGAGCUCAUCUGAAACAGAGUCUGUUGUGCGCGUACAUCCAAAGAUUCUAAAAGGUAUAAGAAGAGCACCUGCUACGAGGAGGAGGAGCAUCAUCAUCAUCAUCUGGUAUCCCCACAGCACAUCAAACACGUUCACGCUCAGCAAGCUCUCGCUUCCCAGUGACAUCCUUUCUUCCUUGCCUUUGUCGUCGCAAGCUCUCCGCCCAAGAUGGUCAAGAUUUCAGUAGGGGCCAUGGGUCGCAACCCGAUGGGUGUGACGCCCAACUUCGACUUUGCUCAAUUUUUGCGUGUCUGCAAGAAGCACAAUGUGCGAGCAAUCGAUACUGCUCGAGUGUAUCCGCAGAAUGAAGAGCUGCUCACGCGUGCCAUCAAGGCUAAUGGAUGGGAGAAGGACUUUGACAUCUCUACCAAGGUUAUGAUCCAGGGCGAGGGCAGCCACAAGAGAGAAGCCAUCCUUGCGUCUGCCAAGGCUAGUCUAGAGGCCCUUCAGCUCUCGGCUGAUCAGCGACCUGCCCCCAUCGAUAUCUAUUAUCUCCACAUGCCAGAUCGUAGCACCCCUUUCGAGGAAACGUGCGCUGCCGUCGAUGAGCUGUAUCAGCAAGGUUGGUUCAAGCGAUUUGGCCUGAGCAACUACUCGGCCGAAGAGGUGGAGAAGAUCCACAAGAUCUGCACCGAAAAGGGCUACGUGCGCCCGAGCGCGCACACUUGCAACUACAACCCACUCGUCAGGACGGCCGAGUUUGAGCUCUUUCCGCUCCUUCGCCGACUCGGUAUCGCGUGCCAGUCCUUUGGACCGCUCGCAUCCGGCGUGCUCGUCAAGCCCAUCGACGAUCUGGUUGGGCCCGUGAAAGCAAAUUCGCGCAUGGAAGCGUUGCCUUUCAUCCAAGGCUUGUACCUCAACGAUGAUAUCGUGAAAGCCGUCCGUCACUUGGAAACCACGUGCCAAAAGCUGGGCAUUUCCAAGCAAAACGCCACGCUCCGCUACAUGCUCCACCACUCUGGCUUGUCGGAAGACGACUCGAUCAUCUUGGGCGCAUCUUCGCCAGAACAGCUGGAGAGCAAUCUCGCUGCGUGCGAGGGAGGAGCUCUGGAUAGAGAAGCUCUAAAAGCCUUCGAGACGCUGUGGGACCAGGUGAAGGGGAGAAAGCCCAAGUACCAUACAUGA